AUGGCUACCCACGCUGCCCUUGGUCGGCAUCCGACAUCUACAUCAGACCUCUGCGACUCGUCGUGCUCCGGCCCAUCCUCCUCCUUCUCAUCAUCAGCAUCUUCUUCCUCAGCCGACAGCGGCUCCUCCCUUCCUUACGAGUCUCGCCCCGUCGACCCGUUAGCACAGUCCGGCAAGAGCCUGAGGAGGGUAGCAAAGCACGUGGAAGAAGAGGACGUACAGGGAGAAGGAGAAGAAGGAGAAGGAGAAGAGGAGGGAGCGGAGGAAGCGGCAAUGCCGCAAUCACCAGCUCACCUCUCUGGUCUAUGCCAGCAGCUGCCUUCUACCUCGGUAGAGACGUACAACUCCGUCUUCUCGGACUCGGCUUCAUUUGCCGUCGUCGACGACGAAGAGGCCGGUGCCGACGCCUCCCACGACCACGGCCGCGCCGAUACCAUACCGGCCCCCACAGAGGACGACAUCCCCCCGGUAUUACCAGAGUACCGCGCCUCCAUCAUCGACCCCCACGUCAGGCCGUCCACGCCCGACACCUUCUCCCACCUGUUCCCGUCGCUGGACCGUCUCUCGAUCCGGCACGACGACCUGACCCCGGACGGCAACAUGAACCUCCGCGUCGACGUCCUCGUACCCCGCAGCGGCCGCCACCCCGUGACCGUCCAGCUGUUCCACCUCCGCAUGCAGGACCUGGCCCGCCGCGAAUUCUCGCUGCGCCGGUACUGCCGCGACUCGGGCCGCGAGGUGUGCAGCUCGAAACGGGCCUACGCCCAGCCCCGUCCGGUCUCGCGCCCGGCCAUCCAGCGGUCCGUCUCGUCGGCCAUGAACACGCUCCGGUCACCCUUCCAGCGGUCGAGCAGCAGCAGCAGCAGCCGGAGCAGCGCGUCCUCGUCGAAGCGGCCGUCGACGGGGUCCAGCAGCAUCGCCUCCACCUCGUGGGACGCGGCCUCGAUGCGGUCGAUGCGGAUACGGACCGACUCCUGGUCCGGCGACAGGCCGCCGCCCCCGGCCUCGAGCCUGGUGCCGACAGACUCCAUCAAGCUCGAGUUCAGCAACUACGCCCGCAUCGACAUGACCCGGAACCGAGGCCGCCACUCGUCCAUACGCUACGACUUUGACUGGUGGGACCACAGCUACUCGUGGAAGCGCGUCUACGAUCCCAACCUCGGCACCACCUCGUUCCACCUCGGCCGCGACGGACGCGGUCAGACCCCCGUGGCCCACAUCACACCCGAGGUGAGGAGUCCGAAUCAGGUCGAGGAGGACGAGUGGGCUGGCGGUUGGAUUCCGCCAUGUCACAUGUGGAUCAGUGAUGAGCGUCUGUUAGAGGAGAAUGAUGUAGCUGACAUCAUCAUCGCCACCGGUCUCAUCGCCCUCGUUGACGACUGCAUCAAGGACAGAUGGCACGUGAAGAAGCCCAGCCGAUGGGCCAACCGUGCCAUGACCAUGGACACGCACGCCAACAUGACGUCGCGAUCACUCAUGAAGGGAAUCUUUCACCGUAGACACUCGCAGAAUUACCGGGGUAGUCCUAUCAAGACUGCUCAUACUGUGGCUGCUUACUAA